UGCAGAAUCAGUGAAUCUUCAGAUUCAGGUCUAAAAGCAACUUUCAAUUGUUUAAGACUUGUAUAGUCAAAAUGGGGAAGAAGUCGAAGGAGAAGAACCUGGAUUCCACUGCAGAUGAGUCAAUGCUUGAUGCAUCUCAAUGUGAAGAAACAGGUGGUGAUGCAAAGCCAGAAAUGUCAUAUGAGGAGAAACUUCAGUAUGUUAGUAUCAUUGCAAAGCCAAUGGCUUCAAGGAAGUUGGCAAAGAAGCUCUUCAAGGUUAUUAAGAAAGCAUCCAAGCAUAAGACAUACCUGAGAAAUGGUCUCAAGGAUGUCCAGAGCCGCAUUCGCAAAGGUGAACGUGGGCUAGUGGUCUUUGCUGGUGAUGUGACUCCUAUAGAGGUUAUGUGUCACCUACCAGCAGUGUGUGAAGAUAAAGACAUUCCAUAUUGUUAUGUACCAGCCAAGCAGGACCUGGGUUCUGCCAUGGGGGUAAAGCGAGGUUCUCUCAUGGUGCUGGUUAAACAGCACUCUGACUAUGAGGAUCUCUUCAAUGAAUGCUCUGCAAGUGUUCGUGCACUGCCUCAUCCCUAUUGAUCUCUUCCACUGCUGUUUGACUCCUCCAUACAGGAAUAAAAACCUUUUUUUU